AGUUUGUGAUAACUGGAGGUUGGUGAUAGACAUCAAUCCAAUUACAGACCAGUCUCUGUUGAACUCUGGUCUGAAGAGUUGAAUCUUGCAACCGCAUGUAGACUACCUAUCUAAUCUAGUGUCAGCGUUUUUAGAAGUAAACAAAAGAAGUCUACCAUAGCAUAUAAUAUUAUUAUUGUAAUCAAAUAUAUAUAAUAUAGUACUGUAUAUGAAAGUGAAUCUUUAAAUUUCGAUAACGGUUUCUCACGACUUCUGCAUAAAAGUACCGUAGAACUAUUAGGACUAUCCAUUGUAUAACAGCUUGACUAGACUGAUUUUAAGAAAGGAAUCUAGACAGCAAGGGACGAUUUUUCAACAACACAUUAUCAAACAACUAAUGAUAAAUUGUCAUGGAAAGAUGGGAUAAGCGUGUGGCAGUUGUCACAGGAGCAAGCUCAGGAAUUGGCGAAGACAUAGCUGCAGCUCUAGUGAAACAUGGAAUGACUGUCGUUGGAUUGGCUAGAAGAGAAGAUAGAUUGAAGCAACUGGCAGAGAGACUGGGAAAUGAACAGGGAAAAUUCUAUGUACGUCAAACAGAUAUGCGAAUUGAAAAAGAGAUUCUAUCAUCUUUUGAAUGGAUAGAGAAAGAGCUAGGUGCAGUGAGUGUACUGGUGAAUAAUGCUGGUAUUGCAACGAAAAAGCCUUUAGCUGAAGAGAGCACUGCAAACUGGAAGGAUAUGCUGGGAGUGAAUGUUUUAGCCCUAAGUAUAUGCACUAGGGAAACUCUUAAAUCGAUGAAAACACAUGGAAUAAAUGAUGGUCAUAUCAUUAACAUAAGCAGUAAAGCAUCUCAUCAUAGCACACCAGUGCCAGGUCUUUCUGUGUAUUCGGCAACGAAGAAGGCUGUAAUGGCCAUUUCUGAAGGCUUGAGGAGAGAAUUGGCUCUUUCAAAUUCAUUGAUUCGAGUGACGACCAUUUGUCCUGGUUUAGUUGCAUCAGAAAUGAUGGAUAUAUAUGAGUUUGGUUCUAAAAUACCAAUGAAAGUGGACUGCCUCAAGCCAGCCGACGUAACAAAAGCUGUUAUAUUCUGCUUAGAGAUGCCAGGUUAUUGUCAGAUAAACGAUAUAACACUUGGUUCAACAGGAGAAGAUGAAUUCAAAAUCAUGAUGUCAGCUGCUAAAAUAUUGAAUGAGUCACCUCAAUAGCUACUAUAAAGCUAUUUGGAACUGCCGAGAAUCCAUGGUGGAAAUAAAUUUCUAAAUUCCAUGAUGUGGGACUUUAUUCUCUAUGAAAGUUAUCUUUUUUUAGAAAGUUAAAGAAAACUGUUAUUCUGUGUGAAAAAUAAAAUAUGGUACAUUAGGUACUGAUGAGAAGGAGCAACUUACGUUAGCCUCUAUGCAAUA